AUGCACUACAAAGCUUGGGCCUGUAAAAUUCUGGCACCCGAGAGAAGCAACGGAGUGCCUAAAGAGGAGCAGGUGAUCUACGAGGACGAGAUCGAUAGGGAGAUCGGCGACGAUAUGGGGCCGAGAUGGAGGGAGGCGCUGCGUAACGAGGAGCACCUGCAUGGGCCGAAAAUAACGAAAUGGCGCUUGCGCGCGUACGUCGAAUACAUGUCGACUGAAACCGACCAACAGGCGGCAUCGUUGGAUACAGGCCGGUCCAGAGUCGCUGGAAGGAAGGCGAAAAAAAACACCCCUCUGAUGAUGCUGGCGCGCCUUACUGCGCUGACGUGCUUCUGCAGAGUAGAGGCCAUACUCUUCGACGAGCCACUAACGAAACCCUUGGACGACAUCACCGAGGCCCGGCAGCUUCUUGCGGUCAAACUGCGGCAGCUGCACGACUUUCAAUUCGAGCAGUGCGUCGAUCCACACCGGGGCUCGCUCGACGAUGUUUACACGGAGGAGCAGUUCCGCAUUCUCGUUUCAGACAUCCUGCCGUACUGGGCCAAGGAGUACUUACGGGAGCCGAUGAGUUUCCCCAGUCAGUCGCUGUGGAGGGCCUUGGCCGUGACGGUGAUGAUCCUGAUGGCGCAUCACAUGCUAGGCAGGGGGAUAAGCAUCCGCGAGAUCCGCUACUGCAAUAUGUUCACUCACGUUCUUCCGCCCAUCACGAACAGCAAGGGGGAAUCGUCGCUCCACGUUCUCGUGGUCGCCUAUCGCAACUCGAAGACCAUCAAAGACAACAAGCUCGGCCACCUGUACCUGACUCGACACAUGGACUUCCGGCAGUGCGGCUUCGGAGCAGUGUUCAUGUGGAUACAUUUCAUUUUCGACCUUGUGCCGCUCCACUACAACAACGAUAAGAUCGUGCCCCCCUUGGAUUUCAGCAACCCGGCAAAUUGGUCAAAGAAGCACCUGUUCUUCGCCCUCUUCGACAAGGACAAGACCGAGUUGCCAUACGCGACUCAUGCCAAAUGGGUUACCUGGGCGAUGAAAAGCGCGGAGUGGAUCCUGUCGAAAGUCACACAUAUCUUUCGACGGUCUGCGGCACAGAUCCUCGCCGACAAAAACUGUGAACUCAACAACAUCGCGCAGCUGGGUCAAUGGCACAUGAACGAGAUGCGCAGGUCACACGUCACAGGCAUCCCGCGCGGGGCCAUCCAGCUGCAAGCGGGUUUCACGACGGAAGCGGGUGACUAUUACCUUGGAAGAUCGAAGAGCGAAGUACCCGCGAAGGUCCUGGAGGCUAUCGAGGAGCACAUAUUUCCAAAUGCGGAGCAGUGGCUCGACGAGGCGAUGGAAUGGAACAACGAGCAGGAGAAGGAGCAUAUGUUCUUCGCAGCGAAAAGUUUCUUGAAGGCCCUGCAAGCCGCCCGAAUGCCCAUCGCCGAGGAUCUUGCGAUGUACUACGUCCAUUGUGACGACCACCCCUUCGACGGAGUGACUGUUUGCGACUGCGAGCGUCACCCUUAUGCACAGAUGUCCGGUUUGUGCAAGGACAUGGAUUUCCAAAAAUGGGCGCUUGACAUGUACCUGCUCGACAAGUACGGCAUCGAGAUGCGGACCAACCCCACGCUGUCGAGAGCUUCGGACGCAUCCUUUCAACUCAACACCAAGCACCUCAUCACGCAACUUCGGGCAGAGGUUAACUUACACAAGGAGGAGGGUGGGAAAAAAGAAAUCAAGAUCAAGGGCCUCGAGCAGAAGAUCGAGUCAUUGGAGCGGGAGAAGGGCGCGAUGCAAGCGGAGUUGGAGGCGAAGGCAGAAGCACUCGCGCUACUGCAGAAAGCGUUCGACGCACUAAAGAUUAACGCCGCGACAACCGCAGCUGCGAAUGUGGGGGGGAGCGAGAGUGUGCCGCAGACGGCGAUCGAAGAAACCACCCCGCCACCACAGCAACCCCCUCAAUCAACGCCCACUCAACAUAGCAAGGGCAGCCAGCUCGACCAAGCAUUCUUCGACGCAGUGGUGUGGUCGUGGUGCAAUUGCGAGUCCGUGCGGCAGGCGUGGUCGUACUAG